AUGGGUGAUUUCAACUGCAAUCCUGGGGCCAUUCUGGCGGAAGAACUUGAAGCUAGACAGAUGGCUGACUUGCGCACGCUCCAUCUGCAGCUCACAGGGCAACCUAUGCCCCCAACGUGUAAGGGAGUAACUACCCCUGACAUGGCAAUCUGCUCUCCCGAGGUUGCCAACUGGGUCUCACAAGUGCAUGUCUGCCCGCCUGGGGACUUUGAUACCCACCAGGUAGUCACAUUUAGGUUGCAGAUACCAGCAGAUGUUCAGUACGCGCAAUGCCUCCAGUUGCCUCGCACUUGGGUUGAACUUAACAUCGAUAGCCAAUAUAUUCCUGAAGCUUAUGAACAUGCCAAUCAUGUCCUAGGAAGCCCACAAGACCUGCGUGAAUGGGGGGCUACAGUUGAAUGUGCCAUUGACUGUGCCUACCGACAGACACAGCUUGCCCUGGGGACUCAUCCAUUGGCAGUUCAGCCACUCUCAAAAGCCUACCGUGGCAGAUGCUGUCCAAGGAAGCCUAGGCAGAUCCAACGUGCCUUGCUAACUAAGGUAGCACGACCAGGCGACUUUGCGUCUGGAGAUGAGAUUGCUAGAUAUGCCACUCUUCACAAGGUAAAACAAGUCCGGAGGGUCCAAGCCUUGUAUAAUCGCAUGAAAGUAGUCCUCUCCCAGUUAGUUUUUGAUAAAUGGCAUGAACUUCACCUAGAAUGGAAUGCAAUCCUGCGUGCACGAGCCUUUGGAGGCAACUUCGUCCAAUGGUGCCAGCGACAGCCGGAAUUGGGACCACCUGCCAUCCGAAAAGCCUUUGCAAGCAUCAGAGAACCAGCCAUGCCGCCUCUCCACGAGGUUGUCACAGACGUCAUAGAGGAUGCCAUUUUAAACAUGCCAGCUACGGAUGAAAGCUGCCAACUCUUGCAGCACAAGAUCCACACAGACCCUAGGGAGAUUCUUGCGUUACUCACGCAGUACUGGUUGCCUUACUGGAAUAGCCAUGGGGAUAGACCUGGAACACAUGAAGCAUUUGCUGCACUCCUUCGUAGCUUGCCACAACAGAUUCCGGGGCCUGCUCUGCGGCUCAAUGAUGAUGAACUGUGGACACAGGCAAUAGCUUCUCUUAAGGUACCGUCAGCAAGAGGGGUUGAUGGGAUUUCAUCCUUGGAAUUGCAACAGCUGCCGCCAGCCGCCAUCAGACACCUCAAAAGCUUGCUACUAGCUCAAAGCCAUGGGUUUGCGGCAGAUUACAUGUUGGCCAUCACUGUUCCUAUACCUAAAACCCCGGAUGUACCAACACCUGGGCAAGUCCGUCCCAUAACCAUCUUGCCACAGAUAUAUAGGCUGUGGGCUAAAGUGUGUACUAGGCAACUGUUGACUCAUUUGGCUCAACACCUUCCACCGGACAUCACUGGAUUCCUGCGUGGUAGGGGACCCACUGAAGCCUUUCUGCGACAGCAGAUACAUAUUGAGAUCAGUCAUUGGUCACAGUCGCAUGCGGCAGGUAUGUCGAUUGACCUCUUGAAAUGUUUCAACACUAUUGCACCAUGGGCGGUCAAGAUGACCUUUGAAUGGUUGGGAUUUCCUGCCCAGAUUGUGGAACAAUGGAGCCAUUCCCUGCGUAACCUUACAAGGGUUUGGAAGCUAGGACAUGAGUGCACUAGUCCCAUUAGCACUAACCAUGGCAUGCCGGAGGGAGAUUCUUGGAGUGUUGUCAGCAUCCUGGCAUUGGCCUAUGUUUGGGUUCUGGCUAUUAAACAAGAGGCGCCGUCCUGUUUCCUUUCUGCAUAUGCCGACAAUUGGUCUUGGGCUGCUACUGCACCCGCUGAACAUGAACAUAUUCUGCAAUGUACCACGGACCUGGCACACAUGACACACAUGGUGGUAGAUUGGAAAAAGAGUUGGACGUGGGCCACCUCACCAACCAUGCACAACAUGUUGCUGCAGGUCCUGGCCACUAAGCCGUAUGUGGCUGAAUUGCACCGUAAGCUUCGUGCUAUGGACUUAGGUGCAAUGAUGACCUACCAAGGAGCCCCGCAGUUGGGGAAGUUUCGACAAAGGUUGGAGCGUGCACACCAACGACUCCAAAGACUGGAAAAACACCAAUUGCCACACCACACAAAAGCCUUGCUUGUUAAGAACUCUGUUGUACCACUGGCAUUCUAUGGGUCGGAGGUGAUACCCCUUGGGGAGACACAUGUUCGGAAGUUGCGGUCUGCAAUCUCUAACGCCAUGUUGGGCCACUCCCAAUCCAGAAAUGCGGCCCUGGCCAUUUUGGCUAUGCCAAAGCUACAGGACCCAAUGUUGGAGCUGGUGAUUAGAUCCAUCAGAGCUAUGAAAAAAAUGUAUAACCACAUGACCCCUGCAGAGCAGGCCACCUUUCGCAGGGUAGCCUCCAGACACACAGGUCUUGCUGCACAGUGCAAAGGCCCCUUGGGAUGUAUGGUCUUCUAUCUCUCCAAACUGGGCUGGACUUAUCAUGCUGAUGGCAGAAUCCAGGUUGAUGCGAACAUAUAUUUACCUUUGCAUAGCACCAAUACUGCAGUUUUUGCCAAGUGGGCCCUGUACACAUGGGGGCAAGACGUUAUGUUGCAUCAUAGUGACCGCAAGCAAUUAAGACUGCUCCGCCUAAACCCAUGUGAUACCAGACAGGUAAUUGCCAAAUUCAGUGAGACAGCACAACGCCAGCUUGCCCAAGACAUCUCACUCUCUUAUCAGACAGAGAGCCAAAAAAGUAAAUGGGCUGAAGAUGCCACAGGAGAAUGCCAAUACUGUGGAGACACCGACUCCAGACACCACCGUAUCUACGAAUGUCCUGCCGCUGCUGACGUUAGACAGAGGUUUCGUGAUACAAUUGAUUGGAUGCAGUUGAUGGGUAGCGAGUUUCAUGAGUUACCUUUUCUGUUGCAACAUGAGAACCAACAACUCCUGGAACAUCUCCAUUUUUGCCAGCCUGAGGCCAUGAUUUCCCAGCAAAUGAGUGACAUACUAGCCAACUUGCCACCUGAAUAUAUCCCCACCUUCUACACAGAUGGAGCCCUGAUUCAUCCACACUCUGCAACAUGCCGCUAUGGGGCCUAUGCCAUAGUCAUGGAUACGUGCAUGAACACGGAGCAACGGGUGGCGGAGGUGCAGAUUUGGAGGCAGACUGGAACAUUUCCUGCCUCCCUUUGUCGGUUAGCUAGUGCUAGGGUGACAGGUAAUCAAACAAUAUAUCGUGCUGAGCUCUUUGCGGUGGUUUGUAUAUGCGAAUGGACCCAAAACACUUGCGUCAAAACUGAUAAUGCGUCGGUAGUUAGCACAUUCAAUCAAUGCCUGGAUGCGGUGGUUUUUUCACAACUGAGCCACAUGACUGACAGUGACUUGGUGUACAGACUCUGGACAGCAUUGAGAACGGGACGUAGGAGUAUUUGUAAGGUCAAAGCGCAUCAAGAGGUUACGAUACAACACACUGCCUUGGAGAUAUACGAUAUUUUGGGUAAUGCACUUGCUGAUGAGGUUGCAGGACAAACUGCAACCAGGCUCCACCCGCAAAUCACGAGACUUGCAGAUGACAUGUUCACAGAUACUAAUCAGGCUCAGACAUACCUUGCGAGUUUCUAUGAGAUGUUGCUGGAACUCCGUACACACUAUGCCAAGCUGCAACGAAAUAGCCAUGAAGGUUUACUCCAUGACAUGUUGCAUAGAAGCUCAGGCCCAAGCCCACAACAAAGACUAGCUUGCUGGACAGUGGCUGACCCAUGGGUCGCACCGCCACCUGGGGUAACCAUGUUUCAGUACUCACCAUGGGGGCUCGAGGUAUGUAAAUUGGUGCAAGAAUGGAUGCUGCUUGUCAAGUGGAGGAAACAAGAAGAACCACUCCCCCAAGACCCGGGGGUCAGCUGGAUGGAGCUUUGGGUGUCUUUUACCCUCUGGAGCCAGUUUUUGCUGCCACAAAAGAGACCGCUUCCGAACGGAGAUUUCUAUCUACAAGCUUUUCCUGAUUGGACCACCGUGCAAGUUUAUAACCUACAGAUGGGAGAAGUAGCAAACAACUUUGCGAACCUCAUCCUUCAGAUAAGGAAAUUGACUACGCAUGAUGUAUGGCCUGUGAGGGCCAAGGGCUUUUGUAAGAGCGUUUACCUCCUAGGGGGGAGGCACCAGCCAUAUGGAAUCCUGCAGAGACCGGAGAUGCCUGAGCAGGCUCAAGUGGCAGAAUACAUGAAAAAAUUUGUUACACAGAGUACAGACACGGAUGCGCUGCCCAGUAUGAGUGGUAUUCAGUUGCGGUUGCUGGAAGGGAUGACAUUGACACGAUGCUGGUCACAGGCACUUAAACAUGAAAUGGCGCAAACAGGCCCAACGGCCACUCUCUUUUGCAUGACACUUUUGAUUGGCAGGUAUGGCCCCAAUGCGGGCGUCAUGGCUACGUCGACCACCGACGAAGGGCCGAACCGCAGAUUUCCAUCAAACGACACGGCGGGAGAUCCCGCUCCGAAGGAUCUGGCCGAAGAAGUCCUGAAGAUGAUGGCAGCGGCCAGGGUGGAAGCCAAUGUGUUCCACUACAACGCCGCCCUGAGCGCCUAUGGCGUUUCUGCAUGGGACUCUGCCCUACACCUCCUGAGUCAGAUGAGCGUCAAUGGUAUUGCUGCAGAUGAAUUCAGUUUCAGCAGCACCUUCAGCAGUUGCCAAGAUCACUGGCGAAGGGUCUUCACCCUGUGGCGAGGGAUGGCAGUUUUACCCAACACGGUGUGCUUCAACGCGCUGAUCAGCGCUUUGGCCAACGAGAACGAGGACCUUUGGCCAAGCGCCCUGCACGUGCUCCAGGUGAUGGCCAGCCGAAGGCUUCCAGCAGAAAGCUUCACAGCGAGUUCCUGUAUCGAUGCCUGCCAGGAGCAGUGGCAGGAGGCCUUGCAACUUGGAACGCUGAUGGACCCAGGCCCAGUGGUGACCAACACCCUCAGCGCCGCCUAUCAGCGAGCGCUGGUGUGGCGCUGCUCCAUCCAGCUACUUGCGCAGAGCGCAACGGGCAGGCUGUCGCCGGGCCUCAGGCGCCACACGGCGGUCCUGGGGGCGCUGCGCUGGCGAAAGGCGCUGGAGUUGUGGGAGGAGAUGGGAGGAAGGCUGCCGUUUCGACCCAACGAAAUCACCUGCAGUUCAGCAGCCUACGCCUGCGCGCAAGAGGGCGGAUGGGAAGAUGCCGCUGCACUGCUGCUGGCUGCUGCGAUGGCCACGGUGCGUCCCAAUGAGAUCAGCCGCAGCAUGCUGACCAUUGCCUGCGAACAGGCCUCCCAGUGGCUCCAUGCCAUCUGCCACUUGGACGAGUGCGACCUGGCGGCCGUUGGGGCAGCCGUCGGCGCCGUGGGCUCGGCACGGAAGUGGCACAUGGCGCUCUUUCUGCGGGCGCCAGGUCCCAGCUGCGCCGCCGCGGCGUUGAGCAGCUGCGCGUCGGCCGGGCGCUGGGAGCUGGCCCUGCAGCUGGUGUGCAGUGCCGACCUGGAUGGCCUAGCGGGUCUACAUGCAGGGCUGCGAGCCAUCGCCAAGGGUCGACGCUGGCCGGUGGCCGUGGCUCUACUGAAAGCCUUUGGACGCCUUAGGGCCCAGCCAAGCGUGGUGUCCUAUGACGUGACACUCGGAGCCUUUGACACAGGUGUGGCCGUGGUGUUUUUGAACUGGUUGGGAUGGGAAACCGCGGGACACCUACUGGACAGGGCGGAUUUGAUCAAGACAAAGUCAUCUUAUAGGCAUGCUGAGGAGUGCGAUGCUUCCAUUGAUGACACUGGCCUCAUCCAGAAGAAGAGCGCGCACUUGAAGGCGAUGCCGCUGGCGCCGCAGUGGAACUUGCUGAGCAGGCCUUUGCCACGCCCUGUGUCGCUGCUGGGCAACGGCACCAACGGCAGCAAGGGUAGCCACGGCAGCAACGGCACGGCGCAACCAUCCUGCUUCGAGCAUGACUGCGACUAUUGGACCGCCAGCGGCUACUCCUGCGAGGUCCUGCAGGACUACUAUCAGUGCGACUGCACGGGUAGCAAAUGUGCGUUGGACGUUCCAAGCUGCACCUUGGGCACCUGCAACGGCCACAGUUGCGACUAUUGGGUCGUCCUUCAUGGCAUGAGGUGUUCUGCUGAACCUCUGUCCUCCUGCAACUGCGAAGGCUGUCGCUGCAUCCAUGAUGAAGUGGAACCCACCGAGAAGCCGCCGGAGGUGACGAACGUCACGACGAACGUCACUACGGACGUCCCCGACACUUCAGUGGCGCCCACCGCUGCGCCCGAGCCGCAGGACCACCCGGAGGAGGUCUGCGAGAUGUGUGGAAGCCAGGACUGCAACUACUGGGUGCAUCAUCAGCUGUUCGAUUGCAACACAUUAAUCAACACCUAUGCUUGCAGCUGUCGCUUCUGCACGGCAUGUCAGGCGGAUGAGAGCCCUCCGGCGGAUGAGAGCCCUCAGUUGGAUGAGAGCCCUCAGGCGAAGGAUGCAGUGCUAUGGGAGAGAGAGCUGAAACAGGAGGCAGAAAAAGCGCUGAGCCUGGCCAUGGGGGAAGAUGAGGCGGGAACCAACCUGCCAUCGGGAAUGACAGCUUUAAAGAUCGCGACGGUGACGGUGAAAAUUCCCGAGAGUGCCACGACGUUAGGAGAGGAGGAGGGCCCGGAGGACCUGGAGAGCGGGCAGUGGUGGGGGGCGAGUGCCACUGUGUCAGACGGGGAGGAGGACCUUGAGUGUCCUUGCGGGCUCUACAAAAGGCACGCAUCUUCCCCUGGAUUGAUGAAAACCCUGAUCGCGGCAGGAGAGUGCCACGAUGUUAGGAGAGAAGGAGGACCUGGAGAGAGUACCACUGUACCAGGAGAGGAGGAGGACCUGGAGUGUCGUUGCGGGAGAGUACCACUGUACCAGGAGAGGCGGAGGACCUGGAGUGUCGUUGCGGCCCCUGGAUUGAUGAAAACUCUGGCCAUCGUGGCAGGAGAGUACCACUGUACCAGGAGAGGCGGAGGACCUGGAGUGUCGUUGCGGGAGAGUACCACUGUACCAGGAGAGGAGGAGGAGAGUACCAGUGUACCACAGGAGGAGGAGGAGAGUACCACCGUUCCAGGAGAGGAGGAGGAGCACACCACAGAGUUGCCGGAAGAGCCGGAGGAGCACACCACAGAGUUGCCGGAAGAGCCGGAGGAGACAACAGCCGAGCCGACCUCGGCAGGGCAGCCGCAGCCACCAGAGGAGACAACAGCCGAGCCGACCCCGGCAGGGCCGCAGCCACCAGAGGAGACAACAGCCGAGCCGACCCCGGCAGGGACCCCGGCAGGGCAGCCGCAGCCACCAGAGGAGACAACAGCCGAGCCGACCCCGGCAGGGACCCCGGCAGGGCAGCCGCAGCCACCAGAGGAGACAACAGCCGAGCCGACCCCGGCAGGGCCGCAGCCACCAGAGGAGACAACAGCCGAGCCGACCCCGGCAGGGACCCCGGCAGGGCAGCCGCAGCCACCAGAGGAGACAACAGCCGAGCCGACCCCGGCAGGGACCCCGGCAGGGCAGCCGCAGCCACCAGAGGAGACAACAGCCGAGCCGACCCCGGCAGGGACCCCGGCAGGGCAGCCGCAGCCACCAGAGGAGACAACAGCCGAGCCGACCGCGCCAGGGCAGCCGCAGCCACCAGACGACACAACAGCCGAGCCGACCCCGGCAGGGACCCCGGCAGGGCAGCCGCAGCCACUAGAGGAGACAACAGCCGAGCCGACCCCGGCAGGGACCCCGGCAGGGCAGCCGCAGCCACCAGAGGAGACAACAGCCGAGCCGACCCCGGCAGGGCCGCAGGCACCAGACGACACAACAGCCGAGCCAACCCCGGCAGGGACCCCGGCAGGGCAGCCGCAGCCACCAGAGGAGACAACAGCCGAGCCGACCCCUGCAGGGACCCCGGCAGGGCAGCCGCAGCCACCAGAGGAGACAACAGCCGAGCCGCAGCCACCAGAGGAGACAACAGCCGAGCCGACCUCGGCAGGGCAGCCGCAGCCACCAGACGACACAACAGCCGAGCCGACCCCGGCAGGGACCCCGGCAGGGCAGCCGCAGCCACCAGAGGAGACAACAGCCGAGCCGACCCCGGCAGGGACCCCGGCAGGGCAGCCGCAGCCACCAGACGCCGCAGAAGAUGCGGAACCAACCGGUCCUGUGGAACCAACUGAUGAACCAGUAGAUCCAGUGGUGACUGAAGCGCCCAUACCAACAGAAACACCUGUGGUGCCACCAGAGACGAGUGUCGUGCCGCCAGAGACACCAACGUAUCCACUCUGGACUGGGACUACUUCGCAUCCGGAGCAGGCGUGCAAAAUGUGCGUAGCUUUGGGGAAGACCUGCGAUGAGAUGAAGGACUUAGACUACAGCUGCAAGUACAUUGCGCACAACUGGGGUUGCGAUUGCUCCGGCUGCGAAUGUGCCCUCGACACAGAAGUGUGCCCAAAGACUUGCGGUGCCAGUAGCGAAGUCACCGGUGGUGAAACUCCUGAUUGUAACUUCUGGGUCAAGCAAGGCUACAAAUGCGACGAGUUGGAAAAGACCUACGGCUGCCUCUGCAAAGGCUGCUCCGGAUGCGAACGCUGAAGCAGCGAAGCCUUCGAAGCCUUCGAAGCCAAAGCCAGGGCCAGGCGGCGCUUCGACCUGGCCAAGCUCAAAAAUGAUAGCCAUAUGGGAUGGAUAGAACUUCUCCCACUGCAACGUUGUUUGGGCAAUUUUGGGCACCAAGAAAUCAGAAAUGCAACUGGUGGAG